AUGCGCCACGAGCGUUUUAUAAAUCUCGCCUUGGCUCACCAGUCGGUUAAUCGGAGUACCAUGGUCGAAGUUCCUCUGGGUAUUAAUAUUGAUAAACCUCGUUAUGACCAGUCCACUUAUACUGGUCGUGCCAAACACUUUUUUAUCACCACCAACCCUCUCAAUUGCUUGAAGACGAGUAAACAAUUAGACGAAGCAAAGACAAUUGUUCUUAAGUACAAAGCUGGCGAGCGGAUACCUGGUUUGACCGAAGAUCAGCUCUGGCGAGCAAAGCAAACCUAUGAUUCAGCAUUCCAUCCCGACACUGGUGAAAAAAUGUUUAUUCUCGGUCGCAUGGCCUUUCAAGUUCCUGGCAAUAUGACCAUCACCGGAUUUCUUCUAACUUUCUACAAGACUCCUGCAGCAGUCAUUUUUUGGCAAUGGUUUAACCAGUCUUUCAACGCAGUCGUGAAUUAUACAAAUCGAAGUGGCGAUGCCCCAAUUUCCACAACCCGAUUGGGUGUCUCAUACGUGCUAGCAACUGCGGGUGCAGUUACAAGUGCGCUGGCGAUCAACAAACAAGUCUCGCGAUUCCCGCCGGUAGUUGGUCGCUUGGUGCCCUAUGCGGCGGUGGCGGUGGCCAACUGUAUCAACAUUCCCUGCAUGCGCAGCGGAGAGCUGAGCUCUGGCAUUGACGUGACCGAUGAGGAUGGUAAGAAAUUGGGCAAAUCAGUCCGCACUGCUCGUGUCGCUAUCGCCCAAGUCACUCUUUCUCGUGUGCUCAUGGCCUCUCCUGGCAUGGUGCUUCCACCAUUUUUGAUGGAUGCUCUGGAACGCCGAGGCAUUCUACGCCGCUAUCCCUGGAUCAGCGCUCCUCUUCAAGUUGUUCUUUGCGGCAUUUUGAAUCGAAACCCCUGGUUCGGUCUUUUUUCCAGCCUCACCUUCACGACACCCAUGUGCUGCGCUCUUUUCCCCCAACUAAGCUCAAGACCAUUCAAUAAACUGGAGAAGGACCUUCAGGAGAAGAUCAUCAAAGAUCUUGGUGAUAAGCCUGUACCAAAACUCGUCUACUACAACAAGGGUCUGUAA